ACUGUUUUCAAAUUUUUAUGUGAUUGCCAUGCUUUGUGAUCAUGCAAGACGACAUUGUUGUUGCACUCUGAAGAGACGUCCGUGAGCUGGGUGCUAUUGAGUAUUGUUACAUGAGCUCUGAUUCUGGUGUCAUGAUGGAGGAGGAAGACCUCAAGUUCACCAUCAAUAAGGAGUAUGCGAAGAAAUACGAGGAGAAGAAGCAACGAGAAGAGUUGUCGAAAUUGCAAGAGAAGUACCCAGAUGGUUUAGAUUCAGAGAGCUCAUCGUCUGAGGAGGAAGAUGAGAAUGCGGAGGCAUUGACCGCGGAAAAGGAGCAGGACUUUCUGCGUACCCUUUCACUUCUGAAAGCAAGGGAUCCAAAAAUCUACGACCCAAACGUUCGCUUCUUCAGGGAUGAGGAUGAAGAAGACAGCGACAGUGAAAAGAGCAAGAGUUCAGCAACCGGAACAGCAUCAAAGGCGAAACCAAUUUACUUGCACGACUACGAAAGACUGAUGCUGCAAGAACAUGGCAGCCAAGCCUUUGCGUCAGGCAGUGACGAGGACGAUGAUGACGAGGAGACCAAGAAACGAAGAAACGCUGCCAAUGGUGAUGACAAGUCCUAUGUCCAAGUACUGAAAGAUUUGAAGAAAGAAUUUGAAGAUGGUGAUGAUGGCGAGGAUGAUGAUGAUGAAUGGUUCACAUCUCGAAAGAAGAAGACGUUUGACCCACAGCUGGAAAAUAAUUACCGGGAAUGGUUACGUAGCGAUGACACAGCACAUCUGCGCGUGGAAGAGUCUGCUGCUAAGGAUCUAGGGCCUCUCAAACAGUUCUGGAAUGACCCAGGCUUGGACGAGAAUGAGCGGUUCCUGCGUGACUACAUUCUGAACCAUGGCUAUGUCGACAGGGAGGCUGAUGUCAUUCCAACGUAUGAUGAGCUAAUGGCGGAGGACGUUGGUGAGGAUGAGGAUGCUGUUGACAAUCAAGAGCAGUUCGAGAGGAAGUACAACUUCCGCUAUGAGGAGCCGGACGCUGAAUUUGUUAAGCGAUAUCCCCGAACAACAGCCACGUCUGUUCGUAAAGCUGAUGACAGUCGCAAGGAGAAGCGAAAGGCUGUCAUAGAACGCAAGAAACAGGAAAAAGAAGAACGAGAGGCUGAGCUGAAGCGUCUGAAGAAGUUGAAGCGGAAGGAGAUCCAGGAAAAGCUAUCACAAAUCCAAGAUAUCACUGGUGUUGGUGUGGAUGUGGACAAGAUUGACUUAGAUGGUGACUUUGACCCUGCCAAGUAUGACGAGGCGAUGAAGGAAGCAUUCAGCUCCGAUUACUAUGAUGUUGAGGAGUCAGAGAAGCCUAUCUUUUCGGACCUGGAAGAUGGCAGUGAAGAGGAUGUAAGUGAUGUGGAUGAAGUGGCUGCGGGAUGUUAUGGAGACUACAGUGUCGUUGAACCAUCUCAAGGUGGCGGAGAUGAAGAGGAAGAACCGCAACAGCACGCGGAGGGUGACUACCAUGGAGAAGGAGGAGAAGACGAGGAAGAAUUUAAUAUGGAUGCCGACUAUGACCCCAGCGCAGCCACCAAGUCAAAGAAACAGCAGAAACGAGACAGAAGACGGCGCAGGCAUGGCGUAGACGCAGAAGAUGGCACACUACCUGUUUAUAAUCCCGAGGAAAAGACCCUUCAGGAAUACCUGGACGAGUACUUCAAGCUUGAUUACGAGGACAAGGUUGGCGACACAAAGUGUCGCUUCAAGUACCGUGAAGUUCUGCCAAAUUCCUUUGGCCUGUCGACAGAGGAGAUUCUGACCUGUGAAGAUCGGGAGCUGAACAGCUGGGUGUCCUUGAAGAAAUCUGUACAGUACAGAGAGAAGGACGAGGAGCUAGCAGAUGUACGCAAGUACAAGAAGCGUGCACGCGAAGGAAAGCGGAAAAGACGCAUUCUUGCAAGUGCCUACAAGCCAGUCGAGGAGGAUGAGGAUAAGGAUGAGGAUAUGGAUAAGGACACGGAAAGUACAACGCCGACUCCAGCCGAUGAUGAUUCUGCUGCUGCAGAGCCACCGAAGAAAAAGAAACUGAAGCAAAAGCAGUACCAUGCCCAGCGACAGAAGCAGCAACAACAGUCUCGGCCAUCCCCAGCAAACAGCUCUGUGGCUGACAGUCGUAAGCAACUGUUCGGCAUUGAUCCGAACCGCAGUAAGCGCCAGAAGAAGAGGAAAAGAAAGGCCAAUGGCGGCAGUAGCACUGCCGGUGCUGGUCAGUGAAUCUUGCACAUCUGACGUUCAGUUGCUAUCAGGGAUCCAUUUUUAGAAUUGAUAAUGCUGUGUUGUAUUUGAUUGUCCGACUGUGUGUUGUGUUUGUGACUUGAGUCAAGCGCUGCCAUGCUGGACAUUGCAAGCCGACUCCAAGUGUUUUCGUUUUCGUUUUGUUUACAAGUAGCUUCUUCCGGCCGAUUGGCCUGACCGCUUCCGCUAACCCUGUACGUGUGUGUGUGUGUGUGUGUGUGUGUGUGUGUGUGUGUGUGUGUGUGUGUGUGUGUGUGUGUGUGUGUGUGUGUGUGUGUGUGUGUACAUAUGAAGCAAUGCGUUGACUGAUGUUUGCUUGAUAUCUGACUCCAACACAGUUCCAAGAUGAUGAUCGUUGCCACCUCCACUAUAGGCAGGGUUCUAUGGAAGCAUACUGGCUUCUAAUAGCUUCUAAUAGCUGCGGUCUUUCUUUAUGAAGCCCGGUAUAACUGUGUGUCCCACACCUUGAGCUUCUAGCACAUGCGAGACUGAUGCUAUGAAGUUGGAAUCUACUUUUUUAAAGAACCUUUGAGAAGAGCAACAUA